AUGGUUUCAAGAAACACAAGGUCAUCAAGAAAUAAUCAGAGAUCAGCACCAACUGAGAAUGAAAGAGAGCUAAAUGACAACGUCAAUGUGAAUGCUAGUGAGGCUGACAAAGAAGCAAGUGGUGCAGCUGCUACUCAGACUGAAACUGAGUCUCCAACAGGUCGUAAUUCAGCCCUCAAAAUCAAGCAAGCGAAGAAGAAAACUUCACCAGGUUGGAAGCAUUUCAAUGAGAUAUUUGUUGAAGAAAAUGUGGAUGACAUGGUUAUCAAGAAGGCAAUGGCAGCAUGCAUGUAUUGUGAUGAUGUUCUCACAGCCCCAAGCAAUCAAGAUAAUGCAUCUUCAAAUGAUGUUUGUGUGGACACAGUCAUUUCUACUCUUAACGGUCAUGGUUCUGUACACUGUGCUGUCAAGUUCUUUCAUAAGCUUGUGCUAUGUUAUCCUGACAAAUAUAGUUCACAUGCUCCUGCAAGAGAGAAAUGGGAUUAUGCUGCAGCCCUGUGCAGCUACUUGGAAAUAUUUUAUGAUGACACUAAACUUCUCUCAGGGUCCCAUUAUCCAAUAGCAAACUUGUUCUUUUCUGAAUUUUGUGAAAUUAACCUCAAGAUUAUUGAGUGGCUGAAAAGCAAUGACAAAUUUGUUGUUUCUAUGACUAAGUCAAUGAAGGAGAAAUUUGAUAAGUACUGGGAUAUGAGCAAUAUUGCUCUUGCUGUUGCAUGCUUCUUGGAUCCAAGGUACAAGAUGAAGGUGGUUGAAUUUUAUUACAGUGAGAUGUCAGAUGAUUACGGAUUUGAUGAUAUAUAUGAGUUCAAGAAAAUUCUGCAAAAGCUUUAUGAUUCUUAUGCCUCCAAGUAUGGUUCUAGUGCAGCUAGCUUUGUGCAAGAAUCUGAACCUAGAACUGCUAGAACUUCUAGAACUUCUCAGUGCUAUGUGGAUUUAAAUGAGGAGCAAAAGAGAAAAAGAUUAAGUUCAUUUCUAAGGGACAACACUGAACCUAGCCAAGAGCAGACUGACUUCGAGCAAUAUAUCAAAGAUCCAUUGCUGACUUGGAAAGAAGGUGACUAUUUUGACAUUUUGAGCUGGUGGAAGACCCAUAGUACAAAAUAUCCUAUCCUUGGUCGACUUGCAAGGGAUGUUUUAGCUAUUCCUGCAUCAACAGUAGCAUCUGAAUCAGCAUUCAGUGCUGGAGGAAGAGUUGUUGACAAGUAUCGCAUCCGUUUGGACCCUCAAGUUGUUGAGGCCCUUAUUUGCUCCAAGGAUUGGAUAAGAGCAUCAAGGGAAGAUCAAAGUGGUGUAGCUUCAAUUCUUGAUGAUUUGGCUGGUCUUGCUACAAAUGACGAAGCUGAACAAGAUGAAGGUGAUCAUGUUGAUGGUGAUGCUGCUCACAUCAUUGUGGAUCAGGAAGAAAUUUAG